UCGCGGAGUUGAAUGUUUACUUUGUGAUUAUAGGACGUAGUGUUGUGAAUUCAUGGAAUCGGGAUUCGGUGAAGUGGAAUCAGAAAGAGAUCGGCGGAUCGCUUCUAUGGCUGCGUCGUUGGAGGUUAUGCACCCAUUGGACCCGCCGCAGCCUGAUGUACUCCUAGCAUUGCUUGCGAGAAACAAGGCGCUUGAAGCCAGUAUUCCAAAAUGCGGUGGCUGUCACGAGAUGAUAGUAGACCGGUACGUGCUGAAGGUGUCAGACCGGACGUGGCACGCUGGGUGUCUUCGCUGUGUUGAGUGCAGGGCAAUGUUAUCCGGGAAAUGCUUUGCAAGGAACAACCAGUUGUACUGCACUGAAGACUUCUUCAAUCCCAGGCGGUUUGGCACAAAAUGCGCAGGCUGCGGCCAAGGCAUCCCGCCGACACAGGUGGUGCGGCGGGCGCAGUCCCAUGUCUACCAUCUGCGGUGCUUCGCGUGUGCAGCCUGUGCGAGGACGCUCAACACUGGUGAUGAAUUCUACUUGAUGGAAGACGGGAAGCUCGUGUGCAAGCCGGACUAUGAAGCCGCGAGGGCUAAAGGUGAAGGUUCUCUAGACGGAGAUGCAGCCAGCAAGCGACCACGAACAACGAUAACAGCAAAGCAGUUAGAAACCCUUAAAAGUGCAUACAGCAGUAGUCCCAAACCAGCGAGGCAUGUGAGGGAACAACUAGCGCAAGAUACGGGCCUGGAUAUGAGAGUAGUGCAAGUCUGGUUUCAAAAUAGAAGAGCAAAAGAAAAGAGGCUAAAGAAAGAUGCCGGUCGCACACGAUGGUCACAAUACUUCAGAUCUAUGAAAGGUUCAGGCGGCGGCUCUCCCAGACACGAUCGUUUACUCGACAAAGAUGAACUGAAAAUUGACUUGGAUUCAUUUAGUCAUCAUGAACUGAGCAACGAUAGCUAUAGCACGGCAGCUAUGGGGGGUGAGGACAGUUCGCCCGCGGGCGGCGUGGGAGGGGGCGCGCGGUUCGGGGCCACGCCGCCGUACCUGCGCGCGCAUUCACCCCCCCACGCGCACUACCACUACCCCCCUGACCACCUCGUCUACACCAAUAUCGGUCAAGCCAUGGGCGGUGGUCUCGGCACUGGCACCGGAGGAGCAUCAGACAUGAGCAGCUCGUCAUCACCAGCCGCUGGGGGGUACCCGGACUUCCCCCCCUCCCCGGACUCGUGGCUCGGGGAGCCGCACCACUACUCUCCGCGCGGCUACCCCUAGCGGCGGCCGCCGCCGGCGCACGCGCACCUCGCGCCCCCGCCGCUCCCCGCGCCCUGCCCACCGAUCGCCCUACAACCGCUCGAACUCGUUGUUAAACGUGAACUGUGACUUGACUCCCCAAUAGUCUAAUAUCAAGUAAAUUAAUGGAUUUAAGCCAGUAAUGAACAUUCCAAUACCAUUCCAUUUACAGUCAUAUAGAAAUAACUUAAAUUCUGAUAUGAAAUAGACGUGAAAUAGACAACGUAAAUCGUGAAACGGAUAUACCUUAUCAUUGUAAAUAGUACUCUGUACGACAGCCAAUUGUUAAUCAAACACUAUCUAUAGUUUUACAGUUUAAAUUCAAAAUUUUGUGUAAAUAAUUA